GCAUCCUCAGGCGGUCCUCGAAGGAAGAGGAGAUAAACCUCCAGCUUCUCUACGAGGUACCGCCUACAUGGCCGGCUCCGUGUACCCGCUACCUCCGCUUCGGGCAACCCACGCCCGUCCCUACGUGUACCCCGAUACGCCACUAGUCCCUGGAUCGGACCUCGAGCCCCUCCUACGUCGCAGGUACCCACUACCUCAUACUUACCUACCUUAGGUACCUACCAGGAGUCCGAGUUUGUCAGGCCGUCUCUGUUUUUUUUUUUUUAUACCUCUCCCCUCUCCGGCCCCUUCUCUUCUUCCGCUCCCUCUCCUCCUUCACCCUUCCCGCAAUUCAUCAUCUUCAUCCUCCCUCGCCAGGCAUCUUCGUCUCUGCUGCUUACGUCCUCGACGCCCUCGUCCUACGUUCCCUCCUCACACCGCCCUUCCCUCCAAUCACAAUGGCUGCUCCCGCCUCCAAGUUCAAGGUCGCCGACCUCUCGCUCGCCGCCUUCGGCCGCAAGGAGAUCGAGCUAGCCGAGAACGAGAUGCCUGGUUUGAUGGCUAUCCGAAAGAAAUAUGCCGCAGACCAACCCCUCGCCGGUGCCCGUAUCGCCGGUUGCCUGCACAUGACCAUCCAGACCGCCGUCUUGAUCGAGACGUUAGUAGCUCUCGGUGCUGAGGUCACCUGGACUUCCUGCAACAUCUUCUCCACCCAAGACCACGCCGCCGCCGCCAUUGCCGCCGCCGGUGUCCCCGUCUUUGCCUGGAAGGGCGAGACCGAGGAGGAGUACAACUGGUGCUUGGAGCAGCAGCUGUCCGCUUUCAAGGACGGCAAGAAGCUGAACCUGAUUCUCGACGACGGUGGUGACCUGACCCACCUCGUCCACAACAACUACCCCGAGCAGCUCAAGGAGUGCUUCGGCGUGUCGGAAGAAACCACCACCGGUGUCCACCACCUGUACCGCAUGUUGAAGAACAACACCCUCCUCGUCCCUGCCAUCAACGUCAAUGACAGCGUCACCAAGAGCAAAUUCGACAACCUCUACGGCUGCCGUGAGUCCUUGAUCGACGGUAUCAAGCGUGCUACCGAUGUCAUGAUCGCGGGUAAGAUCGCUGUCGUCGCCGGUUUCGGUGAUGUCGGCAAGGGCUGUGCUAUGGCCCUGCACGGAAUGGGCGCUCGCGUCCUCGUUACGGAGGUGGACCCCAUCAACGCCCUCCAGGCUGCCGUGGCUGGUUUCCAGGUUACCACCAUGGAUAAGGCCGCCUCUGUCGGCCAGAUCUUCGUCACCACCACUGGCUGCCGAGAUAUCCUGGUUGGCCAUCACUUCGAGGCCAUGCCCAACGACGCCAUCGUCUGCAACAUCGGCCACUUCGAUAUCGAAAUUGACGUUGCCUGGCUCAAGAAGAACGCCAAGAGCGUUCAGAACAUCAAGCCUCAGGUCGACCGUUACCUCAUGGCCAGCGGCCGACACAUCAUCCUUCUGGCCGAGGGCAGACUGGUCAAUCUCGGCUGUGCCACCGGCCACUCUUCCUUCGUCAUGUCUUGCUCUUUCAGCAACCAAGUUCUGGCUCAGAUCAUGUUGUACAAGGCCCGGGACAAGGCCUUCGGCCAGAAGUACGCUGCCUUCGCCAAGGCGGAAGAGCUGCCCGUCGGUGUCUUCGUGCUUCCCAAGAUCCUCGAUGAGGAGGUUGCCAGGCUGCACCUUUCGCACGUCAAUGCCGAGCUCACCACGCUCACCAAGGUCCAGGGCGAGUACCUCGGACUGGAACUCGAGGGUCCCUUCAAGAGCGACCACUACCGAUACUAAUUUCUUUCCUGUACAUGACCUACUUCGACGUGCACGGCCAUCAACAUGGUGCACACAUACGAGUUUUUUAAUCAGAACUCACUAAGCUCCCGCAAGUGGACGGGGCUAGUCUGUGUUUCUUCAACAAGCAUGGGUCUACGCAUCAAACUGGCAAACGGGGAAAUGAAACGGGGAAUGAGGCGAACCAAAAAAACAGGAACCAGGGGUGCCGGCGGCGGGUCAGACAUUUUUUCAACAAAAAACGGCGUUGGCAUUUUUGUGUGCAUGAUUCCCCUCAUGGCGUUCUGAGAUCGUUUUUUUUUUUACAGGCCGUCGGCUACGGUCAGCCUUGGUAUAUACCUACACAGCAGCUACACUUUAGAGCCAUAAGCUGGUGGUGCAUGCAUCCGUCAACCGGAUUCGGAUAGAGAGAUGAUGGGGAGAGAAUAGAGACCCGACAAUGUGGGUUUUGUGGAUGGAGCAUGGCCGAAUGUCGUUCUCGCUGAU